AGUGUGCGCGUGCGACUCUUGACUAGUGCCAGGCAGCCAGCCACUUAGCCAGUGUUUAUAACUAGAUUAUGUAUCUGUGGUAGUGUGUAAACAUAAUAAAGUUGGGCUGCAGUUUCAGAUUCGCUUAUGAUUAGUAAGCAUACUUAUGAUCAUGAAGUAUGCUCUCGUCCGAUUCACAGAUGGUAUUUACCACAUCGCCCGAAGUGACGAAAUCAAAAAUAUGAAAAAAGGAAUACAUGAAGCAUCAGUAUUUUGGAAAAAACAUAGAUGUUUUUAUUUAGCUACAAUUUUGAAAGAAUGUUGCAAUAAAGCAAACCUGGUCAAAUUGAAAAAAGACUAUGAAUCAGGUGAAAUGCGGAAUGAAGAAAUUCUACAAAUACAAGAGCGGACACUUAUUGUAGAUUUGAGCGGCUCUUCUCUGGAUUGUGAGUCAGCCAACCACUGUGAAUCAGUUAAAGAUUUCACUCUAGAUGACAGAUAUGUUGAUGAGUUUGGAGAUAUAUCCUCCUCCAUGGAGUCUCAAGUUCCAGAGAUGGCCUCACAAAGGCAAACAGUUGAUGAUGAGGCUUAUGAUGCAAUCAAGUCCCAAAGUAAAGAGUAUGCAGUCCUGAAAACAAUAGAACAACAAACAGUUGAUGAUCUCACCCUGGAUGACAGGAUUAACAUCACAGAGUUCACAGAGUUUGGAGACAUGGAGAAUCAUGCUCCAGAGAUGGCCUCACGAAGGCAAACAGUUGAUGAUGAGACUUAUGAUGCAAUCAAGUCCCAAAGUAAAGAGUAUGCAGUCCUGAAAACAAUAGAACAACAAACAGUUGAUGAUCUCACCCUGGAUGACAGGAUUAACAUCACAGAGUUCACAGAGUUUGGAGACAUGGAGAAUCAUGCUCCAGAGAUGGCCUCACGAAGGCAAACAGUUGAUGAUGAGGCUUAUGAUGCAAUCAAGUCCCAAAAUGAAGACUAUGCAGUCCCGAAAACAAUAGAACACUCAUCUAUAGAUGCUGAAAAUACGGCCAACCAAAUGCAAACAGUUGAUGCUCCAAAAGUCAGUGGAAGGAACAUAAAUAUUUUAUCUUUACAUGUUAUACCGGCACCAACAGAAGCUAUUGACAAGAAUAAAUCAAAAGAGAAGUAUCCUUCAAAGGACCAAUACUGCAUUUUUUGUAAAUCAAAGGUUAAACGAUUUGGAAGACAUAUAGCGGGAAAACAUAAAGGCGAAGAAGAGGUGAAAGAAAUUUUCAAUUACGAAAAAAAAUCGAUUGAAAGGAAAAGAAUAAUAGACAAACUUAGGAGUAAAGGAAACUAUGAAUUCAAUCAUAAAGAGCAUUCGACCAAAAUUGUGGCACGAAGAUCUAUCAAUAAGGCUUCGCCCAGAGAAUACACUGAUUGUCCCUCAUGUUUGGUGCGUGUAUCUAAAGUUUCUCUGAGAAGGCACUAUAGAAAAUGCAACGCGAAUACACAGGAUAACACACGUGAUACGUAUGUGAAAAGUAAACGAGUGACACUCAGUUUACAUCCCCUGGCUCACUCGAUAUUAAAGGAUCAUAUAUUUCCUGUAUUCAGAAAUGACGCCAAUAUUCGAGUGAUUCGCAAUGACUAUCUAGCCAUAUUGUAUGGCAAUAAAUUAGUAGCAAAAUAUCGGUCGCCGCAUCAUUACAAGAUGAUAAGGGCCAAUAUGAGAUAUAUUGGCCGUUUUUUACUGGAAAUGAAAAGACGAUCGAAUAAAAUUGCCGAUUUCGCCUCUUGCUUCAUUCCAUGUCAUUAUGAUGAUGUUGUUGAAUCAAUUAAAGUUGUUGCUGGCUUUGACGAUAGAAUAGGAGCAUUCAAUGCACCCAAUACGGCCUCUACUCUGGGUACAUUAUUGAAGUUUUGUGCUGCAAUUUUAGAAUCUGAUUACAUAAAGAAGCAAAAUGAACAUAAAAGGCGGGAGGUUGAAAAUUUUCUCAAACUAUUGAGGACAGAAUUCCCUACUGAUAUAAAUAAAACAGCUACAGAAAAUCAAGCGACCAUACGGAGACGGAAAAAAAUAAUUUUACCCUCGUCAUCAGAUAUAAAAAAAUUUAUUGAAUAUUUGAGAGCCAUGAGAACAUCCCUUUCGAAUGAAAUUAUGCAAGAGUUUUCAUAUACAGCAUGGAAAAGUUUGGCAGGUUACACCUUGGUGGGGAUAAUGGUAUAUAAUGGUAGACGCCCCGGUGAAAUUGAAAGAUUAACAAUAUCUGACUAUAAAGAAUCUUCUCUUUCGGUGAGUCAAAAUCCCGAACUGCUUGAAUCUCGACCAAGCCAUCAGAAUAGUGAUUCUUCUUAUACAAGGUGUGUACUGCGAGGAAAACUUUGCCGAAACGUUACAAUUGUAUUGCACGAGGACGAAGUCAAAUGUAUCAAUUUGAUCCUGAACAACAGGAUUAUUGCUGGCGUUGAUGACGAAAAUACAUUUGUAUUUGGUUUGCCAGGCCCAAGACCUCAUAAAUUCCUGAGUGCUAGUUUACUUCUGAAGAAAUUUGCAGCUGAAGCAAAUUUAAAUAACCCAGAGCGUUUUUUUGCAACGAAUAUAAGGAAAAAUUUAGCUACCAAGUCGAGUAAACUGGAUCUCCAACCCGAGGAUCGUGAGCAUAUAAUGAAUUUCAUGGGACACUCGGAAAAAAUUCAUAAAGGAAUUUACAGACAACCAGAUUAUGAUAAGGAUAUAUUCAUCAUGCCAAAAGUAUUGGACUUCGUUUCAGGAAAUACUGGAAAUAAUGGUUCAUCCUCUGAAAAAAAUCCUCGUACUAUACCUCCAAACAAUUCAGAUAUAACAUAUUCUUCUUCUCUUUCUGGAUCACAUGUUGAAAGCGAUUUUGAUAAACCAAAUUCACCUUGUAAUUCUAAAUCACAUGUUGAAAGCAAUUUUGAUAAACCAAAUUCAACGUGUCAUUCUAAAUCACAUGUCAGAAGAUCUCCUCUGUCAGUUAUGCAGGAAAAAUCCUGGGAUAGCCCAGACACAGGCUCUGAAUACAAUCCAAAUGAUGAUACUUCUGAUAGUUCUAAUGCUGUUGAAGAGGUGGAAGACAGAAAGGGAAAAAUAAUAGGAAAAGGGAAAAGAAAAAAACUAAUUGAUAUGUACCUAGGCUAUGUUCCUCGCAAAUCUUGGACUACAGAAGAGAGGCACGCCGCCCGCAAGUACUUUCAAAGUGAAUUCUCAAAAUGUAUGUCACCGACAUCUUCCAGAUGCUUCUCAGCAGUAAAAGAUGUAGAGGAGCUGAAAAAUCGAACACCAAGGCAGUUGAAAGCGUGGAUUCACAAUGAAAUUAAUAAAUCUAAGAAAAAAGCCCAAACUGCUAAUAUGAAAGGUAGGCGAUCUUGGUCAACUCCAGAAAAAACAAUUUGUAGAGUGGAAUUUGGAAGAGAGGUGAAGAAUGGGGAGUACCCUGAUAGACAGAAGAUCAAGCGAGUGUUGAAUAAGUAUGAAGAGUUGAGAGGUAGAACACCAGCUAUGCUGAUGAGCCACUUACAGCAUGCUAUCAAGAAAUCUAGAGAGAGCAAAGAAUGAACUCAUAAGUGCUCACCCACGUAUUGGUUCUAACAAUAAACUUGUUUGUAAAUGACAAUUUUUAUAAUUUUCUCUCGUUUUGUUCUUUUAUAUUCGAUUUUCGUAUUAUUGAGAAUAUUGAAUAAACAUACAUACAUUCAU